AUGCCACAAAGCAAGGCUAUGCUCAACGCUGCCAUGAAGUUCGCCCUCGCCACCGCCCUCAUCCUCGCCGCCAGCGCGAUUGCGGCCCCGACCGAAACGGGUCCCGCAGACCUCGAGAGCCGCACCGACACGACCCACGAGCUGGACACCCGCGCGGCUUGUCUGCACUCUAGCUCGUGUGGAUACUUUGGUGUCCUGUGGGUAUCAUAUAGCUGCAAGGACUUCUGCCGCGACCAACGGCGCGAGUUCGCGGGGUUCAUGAGCUCGUCGAACUGCAACCUUGGCAAGAAGCGCUGCUGCUGCAAGUAA